AUGACGAAGAAGUUCAUCCAUAGGCAGAGUGUCCAUAAGAAGAAGGAGGAUCCCUCGGCUACUUCUGUGGUCACUCUUGUCCCCCUCUCUGCUGCUGAUGCUACUUCGACAAGGGCAGAUUUGAUCAUCCUUAGUAGUGACAGUGAAGAUGAGGUUGAUUGGGAGGCGCUCGCCGCCGAAGACGAAGUCGACUGGGGUGCCCUUGCUGUCGAAGAUGACGACGAUGUCGAAUCUGUGGGUAGCGGGUCUCCAGCGAGGAACUGA